CGCAGGUUGGGGAUGUCGGUGCCGUCUCCGCGCUCCCGGCGGGGGAGAGAAAACUUUUGUCUCCUGAAGAGAAGCGACUAAAAGAACAAAAUGUUUAGAUGAGCGCCGCUCUGUAAUUGAGCUCGGACGAUCAGCCGCCCCCGACUGGACUCUGCUCCUCUCGACGAGUUGCCGCCCGCAGCCGCCGUGGGAGCCGGCGUCGCCAUGGAGACGGUGGUGAUCGUGGCCAUCGGGGUGCUGGCCACCAUCUUCCUGGCCUCGUUCGUGGCCCUGGUGGUGGUGUGCCGACACCGGUACUGCCACCCCCACGACCUGCUGCACCACUUCGACUCCAAGCCCACCGUGGACCUGAUCGGGGCCAUGGAGACCCAGAGCGAGCCGUCGGAGCUGGAGCUGGACGACGUGGUCAUCACCAACCCCCACAUCGAGGCCAUCCUGGAGAAUGAGGACUGGAUCGAGGACGCCUCUGGUUUGGUGUCUCACUGCAUCUCCAUCCUGAAGAUCUGCCACACUCUGACCGAGAAGCUGGUCGCCAUGACGAUGGGGUCGGGGGCGAAAGUCAAAGCUCCCGCCAGCCUGAGCGACAUCAUAACGGUGGCCAAACGCAUCAGUCCCAGGGUGGACGACGUGGUCCGAUCCAUGUACCCCCCACUGGACCCGAUUCUCCUGGACGCCAGGGCGACGGCUCUCCUGCUGUCCGUCAGCCACCUGGUGCUGGUCACCCGCAACGCCUGUCACAUGUCGGGCAGCAUGGACUGGAUCGACCAGUCACUGCACGCCGCCGAGGAUCACAUGGUGGUUCUGCGCGAGGCGGCGCUGGCCUCCGAACCGGAGCGAGGCAUACCUGGAGCCGAGGCCCAGCGAGAGCACGCGAUCUAAACCAAAACACAGCCAACCAGCCAUUUUUACAAUUUCCACAAAAAAAAAAAGUUUUUACAUAUAUUUUGUCGCAGAUCAGAAUGUCUCAUCCGCUCAUGCAGGUGGGGUUUUUAAUAUAUAUUUUUGGUAUAACGCCGUAAGCAGAUCCUCUCAGAAUGAAAAGGUCUGUGGAAAUUUCUCCUCGAGUGUGCCAUCGCCCAGGAGCGGGGCUAAAUCCAGGCGAACCAGCACCGCAGUCACAUGGAGGCUUAGUCAGCUAAUCCAUUCAGAGGAAAAUAACACCCGUUAGCCACUCGACCCAAACUCAGUGGACCAGGGGAAGAUUUUAUUUACCCCCCCCCCGGGUCAGCAUGACUUGUGGAUGUUAAAAGAACAUCCUGCAGAUGUUCAGAGAGUUAUGUUUUGGACACAGUUGUCUGUGAAAGGACAUGAAAUCCUAUGUUUUUGUAUUGAUACGAAUGUUUCUCUUUUCACAAGUUUAGCAUUAGCUUCUCCUGGGUACAAUAUCAAAAUUAGCGAUGCACCACCUCGGCGCUACGAAGACUUCCAGCAUCCAUGAUUUUUUUGAAUUUCCACAGUGUUCCUGUGCGACGGGGAGUAGUCUAGAACAGUGUUGAUUGAGCUGAAGCAGAAUUGGUGUGUUGCUUUGCACCAGAGGGAUGUUAUUGGAGCAUGUCUACCUGUCCUUUCAUGCAUAGCUAACAGCGAAUCCCCAAGGAGCCCUAAUAAGGCAUUACCCUGAGCUGCAGUCACACAAAGGCCUCCGAUACAAUACACAAGAAAAAACACUCAUCGGCGUGACGUGACUGUGGAAUAAAAUAUGCUGUCGCACACACUCGCGUCACAGCAUGCUCCAGGUUUUUGUUUUGUUAAUCGAAAGGAGAAAAAAAAAGCGCAGCUCUGAGU